AGGAGCUGGCGUGGCUGCCCGCGCUCGGGUUUGGGGGAGACCCGAGCAACGGAGGGAGGUGGAGUUGAGGGUGCCUUCCUCGACCUGAGGAGAAGGGCGGUAGGGAAAGGGCGGCCUCCCUUUGGGAAAGGCUGCGUCCUGGCCGGGGCGGGGAUUACUCGCCCGCGCACCUUGUCCACCGCCUGCUCGCUGGGACUUCCCUGCCCUGCCCUCUUCCGGCGUGGUGCGAAGCCCUUGAAAUAAGUUUCUCCAGAAGGCCAUGGAAUUACCCAGUGAGAAACUAAAGAAGGAACUGGAGGAGGAAUUAAAACUAAGCACCGAGGAGCUACGUAGCCAUGCCUGGUACCAUGGCUGCCUGCCACGGCAGGAGGCAGAAUCCCUCCUGCAGGAUGAUGGAGACUUCCUGAUCCGUGACUCGCGAUCCAGCCCCGGUGACUUCGUCCUGUCGUGCUCCUGGAGAGGCCAAGCCUUGCACUUCAAGAUCAUCCGGGUGGUCCUGCGCCCCCGAAAGGGCUAUUCCCGCACUCUCUUCCAGUUUGAGCAGGAGCAGUUCGACAGCGUGCCUGCUCUGGUGCGCUUCUACGUGGGCAACCGGAAGGCCAUUUCGGAGGUCUCUGGCGCUGUGGUGUCCCGGCCGGUCAACAGGAACGUGCCCCUCCGCUGGAUUAAGGAGCGCUGUAGUGACACGGGGCAACCCCCUGGCCGGACAAAGGAAGAUGGGGCGGCACGUAGGGGCAGCUUUCGUGCAGCUACCGCUGGAGAGGAAAUGGGAGAAGGGGGCCUGCUCCGAACAAAAGAUCGAAGUGGGAGUGACCCCAGUAGCCUGGACCAGCUGGGCCGGAGACCUUCCUUGUACAGUGCCCAAUCAGACAGCAAUUUACUGGCAGGUAGCCCGGACAUUUCACCUGGAGCCCACAACAGGAGCCAGCUUCCUCCCUUGUCCCCUGCCUUCCGCACAGGCAGUGACCCUGUCCUUCGAGCAAAUGCCCCAUUGUCUCAGCCCCUGGGAGAAGGCCUGACAUUGAGUGGCUCUGAGGGGCGGCUCCACUCCAAAGCUCCACCCAAGCCUCUGAGGGCCCCAUCCAUGCUGGCAAGCGACUACUGCGAACUGGUUCCCAAGCCUCCUGAAGGCCCACGAAGCCACGUGGAGCGCCUGCGGACGGAGGAGAGGUCUCGGGCUCGGGCUCACAUGACGGAGACGGCCUUUGGAUUCCUAGAUGCUGAGGACGUACCCUCUCCUCUUCCCCACUUGGCGGAGGCAGAGGAGGACUCAGGCUUUGAGAGGCCUCUACUGGAGACAGCUUCCUCCUUUCAGCCUCGGCACUUCCGUUCACUCCUCUUGGCCCCUGACAACAAGCCCCUGGAGCCCAGUACCCUCAAGCGCCUGAAGGAUCUCUUUGCCCGGCACGAUCAUCAGGCAACAGCCCUCCACAUUCUGCAGAUGGACUGCCAGGCUAUCAGAAUUAUUGGGGUAUCCAAGGAACAGCAGAGGACCAUGGGAGUGAGCUCUGGCCUGGAACUCAUAACUUUACCUCAAGGGCAUCAGCUGCGGAAGGACCUCCUGGAAAGGCACCACCUCAUAGCCCUGGGCAUUGCUGUGGACAUUCUGGGCUGUACAGGGCCAGUGGCUGAGCGGGCAGCCACAGUGCACAAGAUCAUCCAGCUGGGUGUGGAACUGUGGAGGUCAGCAGGGGAUCUCUUUGCCCUGUCUGCUGUGAUGAAAGCCCUGCAGCUACCACAGAUCAUACGACUGGAACAGACAUGGAAGCAUCUGCGCCAAAACCACACGCAGAGUGCGAUCAUAUUUGAGAAAGAGCUCAAACCUCUCAUGGGACGCCUGAAUCGGGCAGAAGGAGAUUCAGUGCCCACCCUGAAAGAAGUUGCAGUUCCCCAUAUCCUACCCCUCCUGUGCCUUAUGGAAGGAGAAGAGCUGUGGGGCGACCAGGGGGAGACGUGCGAUGUCCUUUUAAGAACACUGGAAGCUGCCCGCUUCAUUGCUACCAAUGCUGCUGCCUAUCGAGUCAAUGCAGAGGCUAAACUCCAAGGGUUCCAGGCCACCCCGGAGCUGCUGGAAGCAUUCCAGACAGAAUUCUCUCUUCAGUUAUUCUGGGGCAGUAAAGGAGCAGAGGCUGACCAGGCUGAGAGAUACAGCAAGUUUGAACGGAUUCUGACUGUUCUCUCCCAGAAACUAGAAUGAGCCGCCCGUGGGGAAAGAGUUUUGUAUUUCUGCUGUGCCGGCCAGGGGCAAGAAAGAGGAAUUGUGGAAGCAAAGGCAAGAGCCAACCACCACCACCACCACCACCAGGAGAUGCUCAGUGAGCUGAAUCCAGGGGAUUCCCAGGGGUUGAAUGGCACAAAGGGCACAGUCUGCAAGGAGCUGAAACUCAUCAGUUGGACACAGACUCCAAAGAGAAGACAAAUGGUGGCCUUUCUGUAGCGGCCUUUUAAGGUGGCACCUUUUCACUUUGGCAGUACAUGCACCCUAUGGAAAGCAAAUAGUGUUGAAGAAAGGAAUGGGCGGCCUUUUGUUAAUUAUGUGGUUUUGAAGGUACCUCUUCUCUUUGUACCAGGCAAAGAUAAGAAAUUUCGCAGACAAGAAUUACAGAUAGAGGCUAAAACCCAGGAAGUUACCACUUUCAAGAUCAUUAGCUAUGCUGCCACUCAGUACAUGUUUAUUGGUAUCUAUGUUUUGCAGUUGUGAAAUGGAUUGCAAGCUUACAGAAGGUGGCUGGGACCCUCUAUGACAAGAGGAGAAGAGAGGUGAUUAGUUUUAAUAUGUGAAAGUGCAUCUUAUACUGAAAUAAGUUGUUGUUACAUGCCAGUAACUUGUCUCUGACUUACGGUAACACUAUGAAUGAGAGUUAAAUGAGUCUGAAUAAAAAAGGGAUAGGUGAUGCUGUGAAAACUCAUCUUAGGGAUAGGGAAUGAGAGCAGGCUUGCAAGAGUGUUCUUGUUUUCCACUAGAAACCUAAAGUCCCUUACUUGGAUCACAGAACAAAACAGCAGCUUAAGAGGACAAAGAACAGCAAAACCCAAUGUGUCUAAACACUGUCCUGGUGUUGCUUUCAACACUCAAAGUGAGUUGUGUACAGAAAUUUGUAUGUUCUCUCCAUUGCUGCUUUCUUCUUUCAGCAGCAUAAAUGAGGAAGAAAAGAAGGGAUUGUUUAUCUUCUGAACUACUGGAAGUCAGACGUCCUUGCUGAUAAUAAUGACCAGCCUGAUGAAGGCUCCUGCAGGAAUCAAAAGUUAGGUUCUAUUUGUAGUGGCCUAAUAAAGAUAUCGACCAUCCUUGUCUUCA